AGCACCCCAUGGAGCCCGCAGUACCAGGAUUGUGUGAGCUGCUCUGACUACUACAUGUGUUACAGUAUGUUACGAUAUCCCCUGGUUUUUCCUUUUAACGUUUCAGUGACUGUAAUAUUCGGACAUACUUCGAUACGCCUCCUACGUAGUGGAGGCGAAUGUUACUUGUUAUGUAAGUGUAGGCUUACGUAAUGUAGAACGACCUGGAGACAAGUGAGAGAUAUUGCUCUGACCUUAGGUUUGUUCGGCCAAGAAUGGCGACAAACUAACGUCAGCACGCGCUCCCUAUCACGGCGUUUGAGAGAAAAAUUAUCCAUCAAAUACGACCUCACUGCCUGAAGUUUGCAGACACUUAUGUUACUCAUUUUCGUUCGAGGAUAUGUAUGGGCUGGGUGAUCUGAGAUUCCUUGGUGAUGCUCAAAGCGACCCAUUGUACUGACAGCCUCCACAUAUUUGACACCGGCAGGUACAUGUAACGGCACCAGGUUUUAAUUUGAGCGCACACAGACGUUAGUUUGGGGAAAUUCUUGGCCGAACAAAAUUUUGUCAAACCUGACGCCAGAGCAAUCUCAGACCAGGUGUAGUCAACACUGAGAACGGAGUUGUAAGAACAUGGAUAUAUCCAACAUGGAUGAGGGUGAAUCUAAGUGUCAAAGUACCCGGCGUAAACCACCGACCUUUGGCAAGCCAAUGACGAAUUUGUGAUGUACAGAUAGGCACACCAUACUGGUGGAUGACAAGUGGUCUUAGCGAACGUUAGACAGCGCGAACAGCCAGACAAGCGUCGUUGACCGCGUUUCCAGUGUUGUCCUCAAGGACUCCGUGUCUAAGACCGGGACUGAAGCUGUACUUUGUGCGCUCUAGCGAGUUAAAGACAAGGGUCAUAACCAUACGAUCCCACCACACGCUGGCGAUGGUUUAUACAGUUUGUAAUGGCGGUCUCCUAAUGAUGCUAGCAGAAAAAUGAAGUUAAGCAGAUUAGUAGACCUACUAACGUCGUGUAGUGCUGAAUGGAACUUGGGUACAUUUUUAAGCAUUAUCUAUCUAUGUCAGUGGAAUUAAACGGUGAGUGUGUCUUCGGUUUGCCUUGAACAGAUGAGUUUAGAGAACCAGGCAUGUCAAUUACACAUAACUCCUCCUACCACAAGGCGGGUUCAAAAUAUGACGUCACUGCGAAUUGGCAUACCAAGCCCCGCCCUUACUGAUUGAGUAGUGAUUUAGUUCAUGCAAUUUACAGUCAUGAUCUGCUGAAAGUGCAUUUGUACAUAACAGAAACUAAUUUUUCACACUUUGGCGAGAACAUAAGGAAUUCACUCCAUCAGCUGAUGUCCUUGUAUUGAGGUGACCUGAUUUUAUCAGGUCACAGGCUGUCAAUCAAAAUGAUUAUGAGGUCAACAAGCCACGAGGUUUUAAGCGGCCAAAACAGGUACAAACUGAACGAAGGCAACCAACACUUCGCUUGUUUUGUGUAUAAAUAGAGAACUAAAUCUGUAAACUUAAAUCUGGAAGCAGAAUCGCUCGAAAAGUUUGACGGGAGUAGACUUGUUUACGGAGACCACAAUGUCAGCCGAGGCUCUGUCCCAUCAUCUGGCCCACAGUGUGUCACUGGUGGAUCCAUCGGAGUACCGACCCGAGUACAAGAAAACUGAAGACUUUCGGAACUUCGCCGUGGGUAUCACACCGGGCCAUGUCGUGAGAAAUUACAGACGAAUGCAUCGCAAACAGACGCUUCAGUUCGCCAGUGAGAAAAAGAAGGAAUGGUGUCGACUUAACCACGCCGAGUUGACCAUCAUGGAAGCUUUAGAAUCUCUGAACGCCCUUGUUGACGAGAGUGACCCGGAUGUAGAUUUACCGAAUGCAUUCCACGCUUUUCAGACGGCCGAAGGAAUCCGCGCGAAACAUCCGGACAAAGACUGGCUGCAACUGACAGGACUUAUACACGAUAUCGGGAAAAUGAUGGCUUUGUGGGGCGAACCGCAAUGGGCCGUGGUCGGGGAUACGUACCCCGUGGGUUGUGCCCCUUCUGACACUAUCGUUUUCGGGAGGGAAAGUUUCGCCGGGAAUCCGGACUUGGACAAUGACAAGUUAAACACAAGGCUUGGAAUCUACGAGGAAAACUGUGGACUCUCUGACGUCACGAUGACGUGGGGACAUGACGAGUACAUGUACCACGUGAUGCGACAGAACACGUGCCAUUUACCGGAAGAGGCCUACUAUAUCGUUCGAUUUCACUCAUUUUACCCCUGGCACACUUCCGGUGCAUACGACUACCUGUGUAACAACAAAGACAGACACAUGCUGAGCUGGGUUUUGGAGUUUAACAAGUUUGAUCUGUACACCAAAUGUCCCCAUGUACCUGAAUUGGACGAACUAAUUCCGUACUAUCAGGGACUCAUAGAUAAAUAUCUGCCGGGAAAACUCAGGUUUUGAACUUCGAUAUAUUAUGACGACCAGCUUGAAAGUACAUGUAUUUGAUUGCAUGGCAUACUGGAAAGAUUUGACCAUUUACCGCUGUAAAAAAUAACAUCUGUCGUUUUAUCUGAACGGGCUUAAAAUUAAUGCUGGACGAUUUGUUGUCGCGGACGCUUGGGUGGGUUGAUUACAUUUGCACUAAUGUACUGUCAUUAAUAAUAUGUUAAUGGCUGACUCAUUCUUUACAUGCACAUGGUACACCUUCUACAGGUUUAUGCACUGUUCAUUGGAAACGUCACAAAGACACGUUUUAUAUUAAAUACGUGGUCAAUAAAUAUAAAUUUAUACAUGGUUUAUAAAUGCAUUGUUCGCUAAAAACAUAUUUAUUCUGAACAUUUUGAUGCAUUUUCCUUUUAAAAUGGUUUAAUUUUAACCAGAUGUUGAAGCAUGUGUAAUAAAAUAUAUACAUGUCUGUUG